GGAAAGGACACCUUACCUGCUAUUCACGUGGAUGUUAGAGGAGCAAAAUUACUACGUGCUGCCAAAUUGAAUGACGCAUUUCGUGUUGAGCGACUGAUUCAACGCGCGGUGAGUCCAAACACGCUGAAUGUGGCUGAAGGCAAGUCGGCGCUUAUGAUAGCUGCGGAAAAUGAUUGCUAUGAAACGAUGCAAGUGCUUUUGGACCACGGAGCAUCAGUUACCCAAACUGAUAAAUUUGACAACAUUGCCCUUCAUUAUGCAGCACUUGCUGGGCAUUUCAACGCCGUGGCGCUCCUUUUAGACCACCACAGUCCCCUGAACGUUGUCAAUAGUAGCCAAUGCACUCCGUUAAUGUCGGCCGCUAAGGCAGGUCACGCUGCUAUUAUUCGUCUCCUGCUAAACAAUGACGCUGAAAUGACUUGGGAACUAAAUGACAACAACGAAUCUGCCUUAACACUAGCAGCUAGUACGGGUUGCCCAGAGACGGUAGAACUGAUCUUAAAAAGCGUGCCUAGGAAUUCGCGUUGCGUAGGGGCGUUGAAUGUUGCUUUGCGACAGGCUGUGAAGUCGGAUAGUAAAGCAGCAGUUCAAAUGCUGAUCAACCACGGAGCAGACGUUAACCACAGCGAUGAAGAUAACUCGGAAGUCAUCUUUGAAGCUGUAAAAAGAGGUUGUGCGAGGAUGGCAAGAUGUCUUAAAGCCAAUGGAGCCCAAAUUGACGUGUUUGAUAAGGAAGGUUACACCCCACUCAUGCGGGCUACAAAGGCGAAUGAUGUGGAGAUGGUCGUUACUUUGAUCGCCCUUGGUACGGAUCUUGGCUUACGCUAUUUACUUGCAAUUUUGUGUGUACAUUUCAAGUACUUAGAAACGUAA